GGCGGCCAGCCUUGGACGGGUAUGGCGGACCGGCGGCGCGCGUGGAACACGGAGGAUGACCUGCCCGUGUACCUGGCGCGGCCGGGCAGCGCGGCGCAGACCCCGCGCCAGAAGUACGGCGGCAUGUUCGCGGCCGUGGAGGGCGCCUACGAGAACAAGACCAUCGACUUCGACGCGUACAGCGUGGGCCGCCGCGGCUCGGCUCGCACGCCGCGCAGUGCUGGCCGGCCCGACGCGGUCGGCCUGCCGGGGCCAGGCGGCAGCGAGGACACGGCCAGCGACGUGAGCGAGCCCUCGGGCUCGGCCGUCAGCUCACCAGGCGAGCGCGACGAGCGACCGCCAGCCUUGAGCAUUCGUUGCCCUGCGCCCCGCGACCUGCCACUCGGCCGGGACAAUAGCCAGAGUGACCGACUCCUCAUCAAAGGUGGACGGAUCGUCAACGAGGACCAGUCCUUUUAUGCCGAUGUCUACUUGGAAGACGGGCUCAUAAAGCAAAUAGGAGAGAACCUGAUUGUUCCUGGUGGAGUGAAGACCAUCGAGGCCAAUGGGCGGAUGGUCAUUCCUGGAGGGAUCGAUGUCAACACCUAUCUGCAGAAGCCCUGCCAGGGGAUGACGGCGGCCGAUGACUUCUUCCAGGGCACCAGAGCAGCGCUGGUGGGCGGGACCACUAUGAUCAUUGACCAUGUUGUUCCUGAACCCGGGUCUAGCCUGCUGACUUCCUUUGAGAAGUGGCAUGAAGCGGCCGACACCAAGUCCUGCUGUGACUACUCCCUCCAUGUGGACAUCACAAGCUGGUACGAUGGUAUUCGGGAGGAGCUGGAGGUGCUGGUUCAGGACAAAGGUGUCAACUCCUUCCAAGUCUACAUGGCGUAUAAGGACCUCUACCAGAUGUCCGACAGCCAGCUCUACGAAGCCUUCACCUUCCUCAAGGGGCUGGGAGCUCUGAUCUUGGUCCACGCGGAAAACGGAGACUUGAUAGCUCAGGAACAAAAGCGAAUCUUAGAGAUGGGCAUCACGGGCCCCGAGGGCCACGCUCUGAGCAGACCUGAAGAGCUGGAGGCUGAGGCUGUAUUCCGGGCCAUCACCAUUGCCGGCCGGAUCAACUGCCCUGUGUAUAUCACCAAGGUCAUGAGCAAGAGCGCGGCGGACAUCAUCACCCUGGCCAGGAAGAAGGGUCCCCUGGUUUUCGGGGAGCCCAUUGCUGCCAGCCUGGGGACCGACGGCACCCACUACUGGAGCAAGAACUGGGCCAAAGCAGCGGCGUUUGUCACCUCCCCGCCCCUGAGCCCAGACCCCACCACGCCUGACUACCUGACCUCCCUGCUGGCCUGUGGAGACCUGCAGGUCACAGGCAGCGGCCACUGUCCCUACAGCACUGCCCAGAAAGCGGUGGGCAAGGACAACUUCACCCUGAUCCCCGAGGGCGUCAACGGCAUCGAGGAGCGGAUGACAGUUGUCUGGGACAAGGCAGUGGCUACAGGCAAAAUGGACGAGAACCAGUUUGUGGCCGUGACCAGCACUAAUGCAGCCAAGAUCUUCAACUUGUACCCGAGGAAAGGGCGGAUUGCCGUGGGCUCCGACGCUGACGUGGUCAUCUGGGACCCUGACAAGGUGAAGACCAUAACAGCCAAGAGUCACAAGUCGGCCGUGGAGUACAACAUCUUCGAGGGCAUGGAGUGCCACGGCUCGCCGCUGGUGGUCAUCAGCCAGGGCAAGAUCGUCUUCGAAGACGGAAACAUCAACGUCAACAAGGGCGUGGGCCGCUUCAUCCCGCGGAAGCCCUUCCCCGAGUACCUCUACCAGCGCGUCAAGAUCAGGAACAAGGUUUCUGCCCUGCAAGGGGUCUCCAGGGGCAUGUACGACGGUCCCGUGUACGAGGUGCCAGCUACACCCAAAUAUGCCACUCCGGCUCCUUCUGCCAAAUCCUCGCCUUCCAAACACCAGCCGCCGCCCAUCAGGAACCUCCACCAGUCCAACUUCAGCUUGUCAGGUGCCCAGAUAGAUGACAACAACCCCAGGCGUACCGGCCAUCGCAUCGUGGCGCCCCCUGGCGGCCGCUCCAACAUCACCAGCCUGGGCUGACGUGGACGAGCGGACAGCGAGUGAAGGAUUCUGGAAUCGUGCCCAUCCUCUCCCUGUCCAUGUUUCUGGAGCCCACGGUUUUAGUUGGUGCUGAUACGGGGGAAACCGAAUGAUGUUCUUCCCUUUUUUAUUUAGGAAGAAGUGGUACUAGUGUGGUGUGUUUGCGCGUCCCUCCGAGUCACCUCAGCAUGGUGUUUUCAUCCCCUCCCUAGUGAACCACAGGUGUGGCAUCCUCUUGUCCUGUCCCCUCCACUUCCGACGGCUCUGCGAUGCCCUGAGCGGUGGUUCCUUUGCGCCCUUGUAGCAGUUCUAGGAUAGUCUGUGCAUGUUGCUGCGUUCUGCACCCGAGCCCGUGAGAGUGUCCGCGGGAACACCGCCAGGGACUGAUGUGGACCGCAGCCCUCGGGGCAGUUCCCGGACUCCUAAGAUGAAGCUGUGUCCUCACUGCCCCCGCCCGAGCCCACCAGAGAGAAGCCCGUCCACCCCAGCCCACCCCGUCGAGGUUUGUGGCUCUCAGAACGGCAGGGAAGCCUUCCCCUUGGUCACAAGAAACACCCUCCCCGUCCUGCGUCAGCCGGUCUCUGUGGCGCUUGUGACUCACCACGAUGCCCUUCCAGUCCGUGUGUUCUUCAGCCAGCUCUGGGUUUGAGACCCAGCCAGGUUCACAGGGGUCUGCGUCCCCACGGGGCCAGUGACGGUGUGCUGAAGGCUGCCCCCGGGUUGCCUGCGACCUGGUCCCUCCAGGAGGUCGACGGGGCAGUCAGAUUUUUAAAGUUUUGUACAGUUUUCCUUUGUAAUCAAUCACCCCCAUUUUUACUUAAUAACUGACUAAUCGUGGCUCUUAUUUCUGAAUUCAAAGCUUGUGAAAAAAUAAAAUAAACCACCCACCGAC